ACUUGACGAUUGUAGACGGCAAAAGAGUUUACAGAAGGGGCAAAACAUGGGAUUUCAUGGUCGGUCGGGACUUGUCUGUGGCGCGGAUAAAGGAGGUUGUGGAGGAGAAGUUCAAGUGGUCUCCUGAUCAGAGAAUGACCAUUUGGUAAAGAAACUUCCCUUUGAACAUACUUGUGGGAGAAAAAACUGCAGCAAAGGAAUGGCAAAUAGAGAUUGGCUCGCUGAUAAAGGGAAGGCUGCACUUGAGGAGAAUGCCACGGUGAGUGCAUUGAUGGGUUUUUGGCAGGGUGUAGACCAUAUUUGGGGGUUGAUGCAACUUUUCUUUGUGGGAAAUACACUGGCCAAUUGGCAGCCGCAAUUGGUGUAGAUGGGCAUAGUUGGAUGUUUCCGGUAGCAUUUGGAAUAUUUGAGAAAGAGAAUACAGAAAAUUGGGUAUGGUUCAUGGAGCAGUUGAAAUUGGCUAUUGGAGAACCACAAGGGCUUGCAAUCCAUACCGAUGCAUGCAAGGGGUUGGAGAAUGCCAUUUCUAAGGUCUACCCAAAUUGUGAACAUAGAGAAUGCAUGAUGCAUCUAAUGCUCAACUUCAAGAAAAAGUUCAAAGGUGACAUACUAGAUAAUAUGUGGCCUGCAGCUUGCACAUAUGAAGUAGAGAAGCAUGAUUCACUAAUGGCAGAAAUACAAGCACAAAUCGCCGAAGCAAUAGCCUAUUUGAACAUGCAUCACAACCGUGUGUGGACAAGAAGCAAAUUUUCAGCAAUGACAAAAGUUGAGUGUGUUAGCAAUAAUUUGGCAGAGGUUUUCAACAAUUGGAUUAAGGAUGUGAAGCAACUUGCACUUGUUGAGCUUUUGGACAACCUUAGAGAAAUGAUAAUGAUAUUGUUCGAGAAAAGGAGAGCCGUUGGUGAAGCGCUGCUAGGUUACAUACUACCUAGUGUGAUAAAGGAGUUGAAUCUGAAAAGUAAGGGGCUGCAUUAUUUGGAAGCAAGAGCAUUGCCAAAUAUAGCUGAGAUUUCAGGAAAUGGAUGGAGGCACAUCGUUAACUUGGAGAAAAAUGAGUGCUCUUGUAGAAGAUGGCAGAUUUGUGGUAAACCUUGCACACAUGCUCUUCGGUUCAUCUUCUCCAAAAAAGCCAAGCUAGAGGAUUAUGUUGCAGAGUGCUUCUCAGUGGCAAGGUUCCAAGCGGCAUAUGCUGGAGUUCUCAUGCCAAUUAGGGGCAGAUCCCAAUGGCCCAAGGUAAAUCCCGGAUUUGAUAUGAUCCCUCCCAAACUUACCAAGAGUGCUGGACGUCCAAGAACUAGGAGGAUAAAGAAUUACACCGAAGGUGGAACCGGUAGAAGACACAAAUGCAAAAGAUGUGGAGCAAUAGGCCAUCUUCGAAAGACAUGCAAGGAGCCUGAGAUGGAAAGUGACGCGGAUCGAGAUGCUACUCCUCCUCCGCGGUAUUUAUUUCAUAACUCUCAUCUCUUUCACUUGUAUUUAUUUCAUGAUGCUACUCCUCUUCCAUGGAAAAAGUCAAAGGUUGAAGCAAGCAUUGUGGUUACUUCUCCUAAGACACCAACUAAGCAAG